CUGAAUAAUUUCUUCAAUUUUUCUGAAACCGAUUUGAAUUCCUGGUGAAAAUUACUUGUGCGAUAUAAAUGUACCUAACUGUGUUUACUAGUAAUAUCUAGUUAGAAGUUGUAAUAUACGAGGUGAAGUAUAAACUGACUGGUGACUUUUGAUAAUACGGAUGGCGUUAUAGCAAAACUUGACUGACUUUGAAAAUAUGAAGUGUAUAGUUCCAGCCUAUUGGUUUAAAGACAUCAUACUCGCAGCCAACACCGAAUAUCCUUUGUCCAAUCCUAUGUAGAGUUGUGAGCGUGUACGUUUGACGAGUUACAGACUAAAUUAAAAUUAUUUUUCGCUGUUUUCAGGGGUUCUCCAGUCGACAACUCUCAACUUAUAUAACAUUUAUGAUAACUAGUGAUAUGUGGUGUGUAGUAGUGUGGUUUGAAUCCGAUGCUUUGUGUUGUGCUGCAUCAAAGUGACUUGUGUUAUUCUUUUUAGAUUUAUAUCACUUGUAUCUGAUUACGAUGCAAAAUACAGAUUUACUCUACAUUGAAUUGCGGCGGUUUGGUGAUUUUUAUGUUAGCUACCAGCCAAGAGUUGUAUCAGGGUUUAAUGCGUCUUGCAGAAUGUCAUUACAAUCUUUCAAGUACACUUGUUCAAGAUAUUCCCAUGAAGGAGGAAGCUAAUGUUAAUUCUGGUAGUUCAAUGUAUGGCGUCGAAAUUCUGCAUCGAGCUGAGGUACACGACAUGUUAAAACGUCGGGGUAUUUACGAGAAAUUAUUAGUACGUACAGAUAGUGAAAACAGUAAGUCCAUAUCACGACCACACUCUGGAUUUUCGAAAACUUUGGGCAUAAAAUGGGUUACGCCGAAGACCUCGGAUACUAAUUUUCUGCGCUUUGCUGUCGCAACAUACAGAGUAACUUUAGCAGAUGUUUGCCAUAGAGCAUCUACCUGCUUAGCUCAAUUUGUUUUAGGAGGUCGGUCUGUUGCGUUGGCUCAUCGUCUACAGUCUUCAUUUCCAGCGUUACCUAAUGAUUCUAACUUAUUAACAUCUUGUUCAACGGAUGAAGCUCUUCUACUCACUUGUCAUGGAUCCGUAAUGUAUAUACAUGUUUUAGGAACAAUUUUCCCAAUGACUCAUCCCCAGAAUAUUCCUUUAACUUCUAAUCCUAAUGUGGCCCCGGGAGAUUAUCGUAUACAAGCCUUCAUUGAUCAAAUCUUACGCCCUUCUCGUCUGGCUCCGGCAUCAGCUAGAUUAAAUUAUUCAGUGUUUCCCAAAGAACGAGCCCAACAACAUAUUGAACGUCAAACACGGUAUUGGCCACUUAUGGAAUCUCAAACAUUACUGGACAAAACUAAGCUAGCUGCUCCAAUAUUUGAAAAUUUACCAAAAGAAUACCUUGAACCUAGUGAAAUAUCUGCCUGUGAAGAAUCUAUAGUGAAUAUUGUAAACUCUAUUAAACAGUACGUUUGCCUGUCCGAUUCUAGAAAGAACUCUUCUAAACGAGGAUCAUCAUCUGGAACUUUGCCUGUUGCACCUGUACUUCAAGCAGAAGCAAUUGUAAUGGCAACUGAAUUCGAUUAUAUUCUUUCCUUAUAUAGUGAUAUAUCAACUGAACAUGAACAAAUUCGAAAUUAUUGGAUACAAACUAUAAGUUCAUCAAAAACUAAUGACACAUUAAAUGGACUAAACCGUUUGUCAAAUGAAAAUGACUUUAAUUCAUUAAAUCUUACAGAAAUGAUUCGUCUAGCUAAAACAAUAGCAUAUGAUCAAACGAAUAUUGUUAAUCCUACCAUUCCUUUAGCACUUAUAAAAAUUAUGAAAAGUUUAACAGUUCUAUGUGAACGUCUCCAUAGGCAUACAGAUUCUCAUGAUUCCAAAUGUAUCACUACGCAAAUAAAUCAAAAAUCUGCAUGUAACCCGGUGCAAUCGCCCAAGAUGAUGGCAAUAGUUGAACCUGCUGAUCGAACAAAUUUCAUAGAUCGUUUAAAAUCUGCAAAACGUCGACGUGUACAAACGCAGAAAUUAGAUUUUGUUGGUGUACUUACUGCAGAUUCUAAAGGUUUAUGUCAAUUGUACAAAGGUUUAAAAGAUAAAGAGAAAUCUAAUGCUUAG